AUGUCUGGAUUCCUGGAAAACGCCUACAGCCUGGUGCACCAGGACAAUGCCUCGGACGUGCCCUCGCUCUCUGACCUGCGCAUGCAGUUGGAGAAGGGUACUGACGAGAGCAAGGUCGACACCAUGAAGCGUAUCCUGACCAUUAUGCUCAACGGCGACCCGAUGCCCUCACUCCUCAUGCACAUCAUCCGAUUCGUCAUGCCCUCCAAGUACAAGCCGCUCAAGAAGCUCCUCUACUUCUACUAUGAGAUAUGCCCGAAGCUUGACGCAGCCGGAAAGCUGAAGCAGGAAAUGAUUCUAGUCUGCAAUGGCAUCCGAAACGAUCUGCAACACCCCAACGAGUACAUCCGUGGAAACACACUGCGAUUCCUCUGCAAGCUCAGAGAGGCCGAACUCAUUGAGCCUCUUCUCUCUUCAGCACGAUCCUGCCUCGAGCACCGACACGCCUACGUCAGGAAGAACGCAGUCUUUGCCGUUGCAUCCAUCCACCAGCAUUCGCCCUCUCUCAUUCCCGAUGCCGCAGAGUUGAUUGCAACCUUUUUGGAGACUGAGACGGAUGCCACCUGCAAGAGGAAUGCUUUCGCAGCGCUCGCCAGCAUCAACCACGACGCCGCCCUUCUAUAUCUCAGCUCUGUCUUUGAUGGAAUCCCCAACGCUGAGGAAUUGUUGCAGUUGGUCGAACUGGAGUUCAUCCGCAAGGACGCUGUUCAGAACUCUCAGAACAAGGAACAGGCUCGAUACCUGAGAUUGAUUUUCGACCUCUUGGAGGCCGGCGCAUCUACUGUCGUCUAUGAGGCGGCUUCAUCGCUGACUGCCUUGACAAACAACCCUGUUGCCGUCAAGGCUGCAGCAUCCAAGUUUAUCGAACUGAGCAUCAAGGAGGCCGACAACAACGUUAAACUGAUUGUCCUCGACCGAGUGGACCAAUUGCGCCAGAAGAAUGAAGGCGUCCUAGACGACCUAGUUAUGGAGAUUCUACGGGUCCUCAGCAGCACAGAUAUUGAUGUCCGCAAAAAGGCACUCGAGCUCUCCCUGUCGAUGGUCUCCAGCAAGAACGUCGAGGAGGUUGUACUUCUGCUGAAGAAGGAACUUUCCAAGACUGUUGACCAAGAGUAUGAGAAGAACACCGAAUAUCGAUCUCUCCUUAUCCACACUAUCCAUCAGUGCGCCAUCAAGUUCUCAGAGGUUGCCGCCAGCGUGGUGGAGCUUCUCAUGGACUUUAUCGCCGAUUUCAAGAACACGUCUGCCGUCGACGUAAUCAACUUCGUCAAGGAGGUUGUCGAGAAGUUCCCUGAGCUUCGACCUACCAUUGUUCGUCGUCUUGUUUCAACUCUCAGCGAAGUGCGAGCCGGAAAGGUUUACCGCGGUAUCCUUUGGAUUAUUGGAGAGUAUUCCCUGGAGGAGAAGGAUAUUCGGGACGCUUGGAAGGGAAUUCGAGCCAGCCUGGGAGAGAUCCCCAUUGUCGCAUCGGAGCAGAGGCUGUUGGAAGAGCAGGAUAGCGAUGAGAAGAAUGAAGAGCAGACUAACGGUAGCUCAAAGCCCGCUGCGCCAACUGGCUCCCGAAAGGUGCUCGCCGACGGUACUUAUGCGACCGAGACUGCGCUCACCAGCCAGUCAUCCGCCGCUGCCAAGCUGGAAGCUGUCAAGGCCGCCCAGAAGCCACCCCUGCGACAGCUUAUCCUCGAUGGUGAUUACUACCUAUCGACAGUUUUGUCUUCAACACUGGUGAAGCUUGUGAUGCGCCACGCCGAGAUCUCAGCGGAAAAGGCACGCACCAACGCCCUGAAGGCCGAGGCUAUGCUCAUCAUGAUCUCAAUCAUCCGUGCUGGACAGUCUCAGUUUGUCAAGGCUCCUAUUGAUGAAGACUCUGUUGAUCGAAUCAUGGCUUGUGUUCGCUCACUGGCGGAAUUCAACGAGAAGAAGGAGCUGGAAGCGGUCUGGCUCGACGACACACGCAAGGCAUUCCGCGCAAUGGUACAAGUCGAGGAGUCCAAGCGCGCAGCUCAAGAGGCCCACGAAAAGGCCAAGACUGCUAUUCAGGUCGACGACAUCAUUCCCAUCCGCCAACUGUCAAAGAAGAACGCCACCGAAGGCUUGGACGAAAUCGAGAUGGACCUGGAAAGGGCAACUGGCGGCGAAGGAGGUGCCGAAGAUCUCACAUCCAAGCUCAGCCGUGUUGUGCAGUUGACCGGUUUCUCUGAUCCUGUAUAUGCCGAGGCGUACGUCAAGGUGCACCAAUUUGACAUCAUUCUGGAUGUGCUACUGGUCAACCAGACCACCGACACCCUUCAGAACUUGUCAGUCGAGUUUGCAACUCUGGGUGACCUCAAGGUCGUUGAGCGGCCGACGACACAAAACCUGGGACCUCACGACUUCCACAACGUCCAGUGCACCAUCAAGGUCUCCUCAACCGACACUGGUGUCAUCUUUGGUAACGUCGUAUACGAUGGCGCUCACUCAACCGACACCAAUGUGGUUAUUCUGAACGACCUGCACGUCGAUAUCAUGGACUACAUCCAGCCUGCCACAUGCACUGAGACUCAGUUCCGAACAAUGUGGACAGAGUUUGAGUGGGAGAACAAGGUCAACAUCAACUCCAAGGCCAAGUCACUACGCGAGUUCCUGGAUCAGCUCAUGGCAUGCACAAAUAUGAACUGCCUGACGCCCGAGGCCAGUCUCAAGGGAGACUGCCAAUUUUUGAGCGCAAACUUGUACGCUCGCAGUGUAUUCGGUGAGGAUGCUUUGGCCAACUUGAGCAUCGAAAAGGAGGGAGAGGACGGCCCCAUCACAGGUUUCGUGCGGAUAAGGAGCAGAUCACAAGGCCUGGCCCUUAGUUUGGGCUCACUAAAGGGUCUUAAUAAGAUUGGCUCGGCCGCUUAG